AUCUUUAAAAAAGAGGCUGGGUUUAGUCCGUUAUACAGUAGAAAAGUUGGAUCCUUUUUCCACUUUCUGUUUAACGAGUUUGGUUGAUGAAUUUUAGCUGCAAAUUGAAAUUCCGCUUUUGCUUGUAAAGGGAGUUUGAUAUUUUGAAAAAGGAGGGUGGUUCUAGUCCGUUAUACAGUAGAAAAGUUGGGUACACCAAUGAAAUUUGACCAGUGUGCGUCGUUUGCCGUAUUCUAUUUGAUGAUCUGGUGGCAAUUAGUAUGAUUUCUGUCUUGUGGCCAUUCAGACUAGAAUAGUGUUGGCAUCAGCUUAGUGGACGGCUGGUCAUCUACGAUUAGUCAACAGCAAUAGCAAUAUCUAAAUUUAAUAUAUUUAAUGCUAGCACAAGCCACCACUUGUUUGACUUUGGGUGGGUUUCUGGAAUCAUUACGUGUAAAUCCAUAAUAUACAUACUUUUAUAAUUUUAGAUUUAAACAUUAUUAUAUUAAUUUAAAUCAUUUAUUAGGGGGUCAAAAAACACAAAAAAAUAAAAAAAAUAAAAAAGGGAGAAAAUUCUAUUCUACUCUUUAUUGGGAAUUUUCAAAACAUAAAAAAAGGUGAAUUUUGACGGUAUAUAUGUAUUUAGUCCACUAGUCUCCAUAUUAUUUCAAUAAACCAAUCUUUAAAAGUUGGAAAUUGUCUUAAGUUUGAAUAACGAGGAUAGAGGGUUUGGUAAACAUGUCACCAAUCUCAUUGCUAGUGAAGCUCAGUCAGAGCCAAGAAAGCCCCAUCAAAAAUUAGGAAACAAUUAUCUGUGUGCUAAUAUGGGUUAAGUUGAGAUCAUCAAAUAUUAUUAAGAAAAUUAUUUGAUAAUUAUGACUAAUUUUUUGUUAGGAGACAGUGACUAGAUAGAUUAAUUUAACUUAAAGUUGGAUAAUAAAGAGAGAUGGAAUUGGUCUUAUAAGCAACCUCGAAGGAAUAAUUUCAGUGAAGAAAACGAAAAAGAGAGAGAGAGAGAAACAAGGGAAAACAAGCACUUUGUGGGACAGACUUUUUGUGAAAUAAAGGAUCUUUGUCAACUAGGCAAAAGACCGUUUUCACUUUACUGAACUAUUUUUAUCCUUCUUGGUUGCCUUGCCUUCCAACAAACUGAAAAGCUGAAGCUACUUAGAAAGAUGAGAUUGCUCUUUCACCGCAGAAGAGGCUGUUCUUAGAUCUUUUUCUCUCUUUUUCUUUCUGCGAGAUGCGAUUCAAUUACCUAGGCAUGGCUUGUGGUGAUCGGAAUAAGAUAAAGAAGCUCUCUGGAAUUGGAAUUAGAAAGUCUAAGAGCUUGUUGCCUCCUGGAACUAGUCUUGCUUCUGUUGAAUCCUUAUCCGUGCCUCUUGUUCAGGAAAUUGUUCUUUCUGCGGAUAUUCGGUGUAGCCAAUGUCAAAAGAGAGUAGCUGAUAUAAUGUCCAGAAUGAGUGACGGGCAUGGGUGUAUAACUUACCUGGCUGAGGGUGACAUGGCGUUUCUAGGCUAGUGUAGUACAAGUUAAAUACCAUGACAUUUUACAGUUGUGAUUGGUUAAAGUUUAAAGCUCAGGGAAUCCUGUUUUGUUUAUGGGACCAUUUUACAUGUGUUUGCAUGGACAUUUUGUGAUGAAUUGGGGGUCCUUUUUCAUUGUACUGUCUUGUCAUGAACUCUUUCAAUUUGGAGUUACAUGCCUUAUGAUGAAAAAAUUAUUAUAGUUUUGCAUCCCUUUUGGGAUCAAUUUGGAGAAGUCUCAAUUAUUAGGAAAAUGAGUUUUUCCAACAUUCAUAAUAGGUCGAAUCCUUGUGAGUAUAUGGGUGUUUCAAGUGGCCUUGCAUUUCAAGCUUAUAAAAUAUAUAUAUAUAUGUACAUGUAUAUGUAUAUAUAUAUAUAUA